AUGGCAUUGUCCUGGAGUAACCAACCACCCCAAUCGCGGGUCCCGUAUGCAAUCCCUCAGCUGGAGGGAGAACGCAUCACGAUUCCCGGCAGCAAAGGCGUCUUCCGGAUUCUCGCAUCUUCUAAACAAACGAAUGGUCUUAUGGCUGUUUUCCAAAGCGGAGCAGUUUUGUCUGAUGCACCGGGGUUUCAUUACCACAAUCACGCGCACGAUGUUUUCUUGGUUACCAAGGGGUACCUGAAAUUGUGGAAUGGAGAUAAGUGUCGAAUUAUGGGACCUGGGGACUUUGCUUAUGCGCCUCCGACAGUCGUUCACAACCCUGAGAUGCUGGGACCGCAUACAGAGAUCUACGGCUUGAUCACGCCAGGAGACUGGGUGGAUUUCUUCCGCUACGUCUCUGAGCCGUAUGAGGGCCUCCUCGUUCCCGAAAAUGAUAACCGCGACUUGAAAUCACUCUUGAUCCCCAAAGUCAUGGCCGCCAAGGAGAAAUUCGACGUUGUUUUCCAGCCAAACUAUCAACCACCGGAGUUGGGAGAGUGGGAUGAAACGGAUGAAAAGUUGCCUGAUUCUUCACAGCCAUUCUACCUGCGCGCCAACACAGGCCCGAGAUGGAUGCUGGGAGGCGUGAUGUCGAGACCAUUCCUUACCACUACGCAGAGUAACGGUGUCUGUGCCAUCUCAAGUAUCGAGUCUUCCAAGGAAUACGCGCCCACACUGGUUUCAAAGUACAUGACCUUCCAUGCUGUCGACCACUGUCUAUGUGUCAUCGAGGGAACAUUGACUGUACGAUUGAAGGGCUCCCCCGAUUCAGUCUUCCGGGAGGGCGAGACGGUGGUGAUUCCAGCUGGACAGCCGUUUGCUUUGGGCUUUGACAGUAAAUAUGUGCGAGUCUGGUCAUUUGCUGAUGGGAAUGGCAUUGAGGCGUUGGUUCAUCGGUUGGGAAAGCCGUUUGAGGGGGCUGUUUUGCCGGAUCGGCAAGUGGAGGGAGAAUUGGAUGCGAAGAACGUGGCUUCUGUGGCUGCAGAAUUGAAUGUUGAUAUUGAAGUUUAUGUUCAGGAUUUGGAGAAGAAAUUAGAUGAGUUGAAUGCGAAGCUGCGCGUCGCCGAGUCCGAAAUUGCCACGCAACCUUCCCCCCAGUCACAAAAGGUGGUCGCGACCUCUGGGAGCAGACCGGUAUUCCAGGCUGGCCUUGGUGCGACACCGUCCUCCAUGCCCCCGAAUGGAUCUACACCGAGAGAUGAGGAGCAAUUGGUGGACGAUCACCACGAAGGCUCUGCGGAUAGUACCGAAAACGAAAUCAGCGAAUUGAACCAACACACCAAUGGCAUUGAAUUCCAUGGCAGUACAUCUUCGGCAGCUUUUUUGGGUCAUCUACAGAAGGCUCGUGAGCCGGAACAGCCUCAUCGUGCGAGUGAUGCGCCUUAUUCUGUGGUUUCCACCCUUCACAACUCGAGUUUCUCCCCUUCGACAGUUGGACCUGCGUGCCCGGGGCUGCAUGAGCAGAACUAUUAUUUUGAACAGGCCCACACGUUCAUGAAUGGGUAUUUUGAGAACAUUCAUUUCAUCCACCCUUUGAUCGAUAAGGAGGAUUUUGUAGCACGUUCACAUGAUUUGUGGUUCAACCGAAGCCAGCAGCCGGAACCGAGUUUUGUCGCACUGUAUCUCAGCGUACUCUCUUUUGGGUCUCUGGUGCGCGUUUGGGAUGAAGAUAGGCUGAGUGGUCUGACACGCUUUGAAUGGAGUCGCAAGUUGUUCUCCGAAGCUCAGAUGUAUCUGAACUAUCGGCCGUUUUCAAAUGACCUAGAUACGGUACAGUGUUUAUAUCUUAUGGCCAAAAUAUGCCAGAACGAGCUUAACCCUAAUUUGGCCUACAUGUAUCUGGGCCUUGCAAUACGUACGUGUCUAAGUGCUGGGUUCAACAGAGAAGUUCGUGGCCCAAAAGAUCAACGCUCGAGCUGGAUCUCGAAGACAUGGUGGGGUCUUUUUUCUCUGGAAAUAGAAAUGAGCUUUUCAGUCGGACGUCCGGACACUUUGGGCAUGGAUGAAUAUCACAAUCGUGCUCUUCCCGAGCGAGACGACUCUGAGUACGCAAUAAUACCUCAUAUGGUUGACUUCGCCCAAAUAAUUCGGAAGGUGUCGAUUCAAAUAUACCAUUCUCGGAUCACUUUGCAGGACAAGUUGCAAAUUGCCCUUCAAAUCGAGACCGAAAUGGACAGGUGGGUGACUAGACUGCCUGAUAGACUCAAGCCAGAUAUAUGGGGGGAUCGGCCAUCUGGUGAUGCUCUGCGAGAUCCCAAAUGGGCCAGACGACAGCGACUUGUCUUGGGUAUUCGUUAUUGCUAUGUGAAAAUGCUGUUGUUCCGUCCUUUCCUAAGCCAUUUCACCCGCAAAUUACGGCAUACACCAGCAGAACUGGAAGAAACUAUUGCCAAAUGCUUGGACUCUGCCAUUAAGACGAUCGAGGUUAUUCAUGAUAUAUAUCGUAUUCAUACAUUCUUCCGUUGCUGGUGGUAUAAUACCACAUACGUGAUGUUUGCUACAUCGACUUUGCUCCUUCCAAUGUCCAAGCUCGGCAUGUGUUCGGAAACAAUACCCUUGUCACACUCUGUUGAGAUGGCAGUGGAAAUUCUAGAAGCCAUGGAUGAAUCAGUGGUGGCUAGUAAAUCGGUAGAUCUCAUUAAGAACUACCUGCGGGAAUUCCGAGCGUCGAAACCCCAAGCUCCAGCAGUGGAGACCCUUGGCAAUGCUAGCGUAGCGCCGAUGCCGACAGAUACAGCUCCCAAUCAGAUUGAGUUUGAGAUUCCGGAGUGGGCCUAUGGAUUCGGGUUUCCUGACUACUCUUUUGAGGGGAUUGCCAGACUGUUUGAUGACUUGGGAGGACUUCCCAUGUUAGAUAACUGA